AUGGCGGCGCUGGCGCUCGGCGUGGCGCUCGGGGCGGUUUUGGCGGCGCUCGGCGCGGUUUUGGUGGCCGCCAUUGCCCGGAGGGGCUCGGAAGGGCCGAAAUUGGCCGUACCGGGAAGGGCGGUGGCGCACAGGGGAGGCGCGGGGGAGCGAAUCGAGAACACCAUGGAGGCCUUCGAGAACGCGGUGUCGGAGGGCUGCGAUUGGCUGGAGCUGGACGUGCGCCGCACCCGCGACGGCGUCGUCGUCGUCUGUCACGACCGGGAGCUGUCGCGACAGAGCGGCCGCCAUCUUGACGUCACCCAAACCGAUUACGCGGAGCUGCCCCCUUACCGGAGCCCCCUGGAGGUGACGUUCUCACCAGGCUCUUUCUCCUCGGGCUCCGAUCGCCGGAUCCCCCGAUUGGUCGACGUCUUCCGGCGCUUCCCGCGGCAGCCAAUGAGCAUCGAGGUCAAGGACGACGACGAUGACCUCAUCAAUGAGGUGGCCUCCCUGGUCCGCAGCUUCGACCGCGCCCCCAUCACCCUCUGGGCCUCCUUCCGCCAGCGCAUCCUCAGCAAAUGCCGCCGAGCCGUCGGGGCCUCGCUCUUCGCCAGCAACAUCGGCUCCGGUCACUUCGUGGGCCUGGCGGGGACGGGCGCGGCCGGCGGCAUCGCCGUGGGCGGCUUCGAGUGGAGC